GCAACCCAGACCUCAGAGCUAUUCAAUCAAUGCUGUCUCAAGCCUGAAUUUAUUGGGAAUUUGGGCGACGGAUGCUGUUGCCCCCUUACCCUCGUAGCAGCUGGCUGGAAGAAACUUUGUUGAUUAGUUCAAAACGUAGCAGCAAGACAGCCACAACUUUACAGACAGUUAGGAUGCCAAGGAGUGAUGUUUUGGACCGAGUACAGAGCUUUUUACCACAGAUGGCGCAUGCCAAUGAUGAGCUAAGAAGAAAAAUGGUAACAGCACCAGCUCAUCAGUUUGAUAUUGAAAAUCUAGACAGCGCAACAGAAAAAGUUAUAGAAAUGAAUGUGGCUGUAGUUGAACUGAGUGAUUCUGAUACAGAUGAAGAGAUACUAAUUUCAGAAGAUGACUCAGAAUCUGAAGAUGACUCUACAACUGGUGAAGUGACGAUAGACAACAUUAAGUUUCCUAAACAAAAGGAAGAAAAGGGCAAAAUAGAAGUUUUAGACAGCGAAGUGAAUGAGUAAAUCCAUUUUUAUUUUACUAAAAAAAAAAAAAAAACUAAAAUCAAAUCAUGUUUUAUUACUUUGAAGACUUGGCCCCUGAAACUAUCUUGUUGCACAGUGUGGCAUUCCUCAGGAUCAUGUGAAAGGCUAUAGUUUACAUGGUGGAGAAUUCAGGUUCCUCUCAUGACUGAGGCAGAUUGGAUUUCUGAAUAAUUAAGCACGGUUUUAUUCAUCAAACAACAUGGAAACGAACUUCAUCAUAGGUUAGACUAUGAAAGCAGCUAGAAUCUGGGGCACUUGAACUAGUUAAGUUAAAAUUCGUGUUCUCUCGCUUUAAGAAAAAAUUUGGUAGUGUGCUAGAAGUUUUUGCUUCAAGGGCAGGAAAGAGUUAACUAGGCAAAAAGCUUUGUUUUUUAUAUUCCGUGGCCUGUAAAGUGUUAUGUACGAUGUCUUCAAUAUUAAACAUUAUUUUAAAGUACGUUAUAGGUAUGUCCACGUUGCAUUCAUGAUAAUAACUGUUGAACACUAAAGCAGUGGCUGAGGUCAUUUCAAGAUGAGGUGAGGACAUGGGUAAGGACAGCCAUGACUCAAGAGAGAGUUCAGCAAAGGAUUACUUACCCUCUGUGCCUGCCCUGAGCUCCGUAUCAUUACAGGUGGGUUACCAGCUCAUCUCUGGAACGUUUGUGGCUGUAGUGCAUAUACCCUCAGUACUUAAAUGUUCAAGUCUCCCUUUCUGGUGUUAAAAUUCCUUUAAGCUACACUUUUCAUCUCCUGCUUUCCCUGACACAUUUCUGUCCUCUCCAUUUUGUUAACAACUGUUAACUGCGCACUGACAGAAGAAUAAAAAGGUGAAUUUUCAGCUGGUCUGUACUUAGGUUACGUUGAAACAAUUGCGUAGCCAAAAUCAGUGAAAAUAUGUCUCACUCAUACUUACCUCAGAGUGAUCCAAUACAAUGAUUUGAGCUGUUGUAUUUACUUCAUGGAUCUGUUUGCAUUUCAGAAGUAUCUGUCAUGCUCCUGGAUGUCAUUGUUUGUUUCUUAAAGGAACUUUGUAUUUUCCACACCAUUAAAGUAAAAUUUUCUAUAUUGUAUUUGCUCAAAUAUUAAACUUAAUGUCAUGAC